AUGAAAUUUCAGAAAUUAUUUUACAUUCUAUUUAUUAUUCUGAUGGGUCUGCUCUUUAUUCAUGGACAGAGACCAGUAAACCAAGGUCAACGAAGAAGACCCCACAGACACAACUGUUUCCUGAAAAGGUGUAUGCCUCUCCAUUCCAGAGUACCCUUCCCCUGAGGUUGGAAGGCUGUGGAAAUUCAGAGAAGAUGAAAUAUAACCACAGGACAUUGUAUUAUUUAUAAAAAAAAACACGAUUCUGUGCAUAAAAAUAUGUCCAUGAAUUGGGGUCAUCCUGUGUGGAAGAUGGACAGAGGGCAGCAAUGUUUAAGAGAGCCGAAAGCAUUGAACUGAA